GGACGGGGUGCCCGUGGGGUCCCGUCACUGCCGGCUCUCCAGCAGGGCCAUGCGGAUCCUGACGUGCCCGGCCCAGUUGCAGCGCCUGGAGGCCGCCCUACGCAGCAGCCUGCCCCGCUCCCUGCCGGUGAGCAACCCCCCACCGAGGGGAGCGUGGGGCCGCCCCGUCCCCUCCCUGUCACCCCUGGGUGUCGUCCCCGAGCCCGCCUCUGCCAACCCCAGCCUGGCUGGGUUCUGCCACCCACUUGAGCGCCGGGUGCUGGGCUUGCAGGUGUAUGGGGCCGUGCUGAACAUCAACCGCGGCAACCCCGGGGACUUUGAGGUGGCGGUGGACACCUGGCCCGAUUUCGGCGCCGUGCUGGCGCGGCGCAGAGGAGAGGCACCGGUGAACGACAGCUACAGGAGCCUGCACGCAGCCUUCUACCGGGACCUGGGUGCCUACCGGGCCCUGCUCGAGAGCCCGGGCUGCAUGCGCUGGGACACUGCUUUCCACAUCUUCGGGAACGAGGGCGAGCGGCUGCAGGACGGCGUGCUGACGGCGUCCCAGGACAUGGCACUGGUCAAGGGCGUGGAGCUGGAGGUGACCGAGUACUACACGUACCUGCACCCCGACCCCAGCACUCUACCCGAGCCCCACCUGGAUCCCGACGUGCAGCUGGGCGCGCUGAACCCGGCCCACGUGGACCUGCUGGACUCGACGUGGCCUUACGGGGGGAACGCGUGGAGCCGGCGCUACCUGGGGGAGCUGCUGCGCCGAUUCCCCCACCUGUGCCUGCACGGCUCGGCCGGGGAGCCGCUGUGCUGGGUGCUGAGCGACGGCUUCGCAGCGGGAGCCCACGGCUACACGGUGCCGGCCCAGCGGCGCCGCGGGUUCAUGCGGGCGCUGACGAUCAUGGCCGCCCGACGGGCGCACGCCCGCGGCUUCCCGGCGUACGGGCACACGGCCACGGGGAACCGGGGCAUGCAGCGGCUGCAGGAGGAGCUGGGGCACCGCCGGCUGCCGGGGCUGUGCCGCUUCGUGCUGCACAACCCGAGCCUGGCGCGGGCUGCGCCCUGAGUGUCCCCCCCCCCCGCCCAAAACCCCGGGGAGAAACGUGCAAAUAAAAAGCAAAUGACGCCCCAAAGAGCCGCGGUGCGUGAAGCGGCGAUCGACCAAACGGGCAGCAAAACAACCGCGACGGCGCGAACAAGCGAAGGAAACGGAAUUAAAAACAGCCCCGACGAACCGAGCAACCGAGACG